CCCGCCCGCCCAGGCCCCGAGGAGAGGGAGGGAGGGAGGCGGCGACGGUCUGCGGAUGGCGGCGGCUGGGGCGGUGCCGGGGCGAUGAGCACGAGGGGCCCCGGGCCCUGGGCUGCGCGGCCGGAGCGGGCCCGGGCGGGGCCAUGGGCCAGGUGCUGCCUGUCUUCGCCCACUGCAAAGAAGCACCAUCUACUGCCUCCUCCACUCCUGACUCCACAGACGGUGGCAACGACGAUUCGGAUUUCCGGGAGUUGCACACUGCCCGGGAGUUCUCUGAGGAGGAGGAGGAGGAGACGACGUCGCAGGACUGGGGGACCCCCAGAGAGCUGACCUUCUCCUAUAUCGCCUUUGAGGCUGGAGGCAGCCGUCGUGACUCAGUUCCUCGCCGACCUCGUCUCUCGGGACGCUCCGAGUCUCGUGAACAGGGCCCAUUGGGCCUAGGAGACAGCUUGGAGAGCAUCCCCAGCCUGAGUCAGUCACCAGAACCUGAACGGCGGGCUGCCCUGGAAGGCCCUCCUCAGGCAGAACUUCGGCUCCGCCUGGACCAGCUGGCCUGGGAGUCAGGGCAGGCGGCCUCAGGGGAGUCAGCCAGCAGCCCCUCGGAAGAGGACGAAGACGAGAACGAGGAGGAAGAGGGCAGACUGGAGCCCAGACUGACUGGGGAAGACUUGGAAGUGCCGUGCCCCCCAGUUGAACCCUUCCAGCCUGAGGUCUGUUGGCCACCUCUCAGCCCUGGUCAGGGAACGCCAGACCUCCAGGACCACACCCCUUCCCCGCCUCUUUCGCUGGGGUCUCGGGGCUCAAACUCUUGGCGGGAGGAGGAAGAGCCAGAAGAGGAGGGGGAGGUGUGGGGAGCAGUUGAGAGAGAGCCAAUCACCGGGCCGCAUCUGGACAGCUCGGACCAAUCAGGGAUCACUCUAGAAAUUCACAUCCUAGUGGCAGAACUACUGUAUUGGCGAGACACAAGGACGUCAGGUGUGGUCUUCACAGGCAUCAUGAUCUCCUUGCUCUGCCUCCUACACUUCAGCAUUGUCUCCGUGGCCUCCCAUGUAGCCCUGGCUGUCCUGGCAGUCACCAUCUCUCUCAGGGUUUACCACAAGGCACUGCAGGCUGUGCACCGGGGUGAUGGGGCCAACCCCUUCCAGGCUUACCUGGAUGUGGACCUGAGCCUGAGCCGGGAGCAGACAGCACGCUACACCGAGCAGAUCACAGCUCACGUGGUUUCCGGGGUGACGCUAAUGAGACACCUGUUUCUGGUGGAGGACCUGGUGGAUUCCCUCAAGCUGGCUCUCCUCUUCUACAUCCUGACCUUCGUGGGAGCUGUUUUCAACGGCUUGACUCUUCUCAUCUUGGGUGUGAUAAGUGCAUUUACCUUCCCUUUGCUGUACCGGCAACACCAGGCCCAGAUUGACCAGUAUGUUGGGCUGGUGAACAAUCAGCUGAGUUACAUCAAGGCUAAGAUCUGUUCAAAGAUCCCAGGGACUGGGGCCUCUGCAAGUUCCAAAGCCAAAGCCGAAUGAGCCCCUCUUCCGGCCGGCCCGGGACCCGCCUGCCCACAGCACCCCGGUGCCCUCUGUCAACUACCCCGCCUGCCCCCCUCCCUGCCAGCUUCCCAAGUCCUGGAUCAUACACACACAUGCGCACACACACACAUACCAGCCCUGGUGAACCUAGCUAGGGACUCUUCAUGCUCCCCCCAAGCACCCAAACUCCUCCUUUCAUCCCUGCUCUACCACUUCCCCUCACCCCAUGCCCACCCCCACCAUGGCCUUCAGGAUGAUGUGCACCCCUCUGGGAGUUUGCAGAUGGUCCCUGGGUGCCCAGAAAGGCCAGGGACUUGUAGUUCUUUAGGCAGGGCUGCCCCCCUGAUGCCAGGAGCUCCCACGCCGUCACUCCCUGUCACUGCUUCCCCUGCUGGGGGGUUGAGGUGUGUGUGUAGGGGGGUGCUAUCUCCCCGUCUGCCACCAUGUCCCCAGCCCUGGGGCAUCUCAUGAGGUUGAGGAAAGAACUGAGCUUGGAUUUACACUUUAAUAAAAACUUGUGGAAAACAA